AUGCUCGUGCCCAUCCACCAUGGCUGGCGAAGGUCCUUGACAUCCUUGGCCCAGAUUGGAAGGCGUGCGAUUCUGGCCAAAGCGCCAGGUGACCUGCAGGACCUUCUGUUGGACGUUGGCUUCCCUGCCGAAUCUGCGCAGCGCGUUCUGGAGAAGCUGCCCCUGGCCAGCCGGCACGGAGCCACCAGGGAUGCGGACAGAGUGAAGGCAGCACAAGAUGCAGCAAAUGCAGCAAGUGACUUUAGCCGUGUGCUUCAGUUGCUGCGCUCGUGGAAUGUUCAGCGUGAGGCGCUUCGCGCUGCCAUCGCACGCCAUCCGGAGCUUCUGGAAGUGAAAGUUGAGGACAUUCAGGCCACAGCUCAAGCGCUGCAAGCGUCGCUUCCACGAGAUGUGUUUGGCGAUCUGCUGAAGAAGUUCCCUGAGGUGCUGAUGGUUGACGGGUCAGCUGUCAUGGAACUGCAGGAGCUUUUCAGUUCCUGGGGCCUGCCCUUUGAAGAGGCCGCGCGACGGGCUCCGCGACUUCUGCUCCGUGUGCCAGAGGAGUUGUCCAAGCUGCUGCACUUCCUUCGAGAAGACCCGCUUGGUCCGCAACUCUCCGGCGAGCAAAUGGCCUAUGCGGUGAAGAACUAUCCGAUGCUCCUUCUCGGGACGCUGGACGCCAAGAAGCAGCUGGCACCGCUGGUACAGUUCCUGCGCCACUUCCUUGGAGUUGAUCCUGGCAGCCCGGAGUGCCUGGGCUUCUAUGCCUGGCCAGAUGCACUCGCCGUUGUCGAGCCCACUGCCCGCUUCCUGGUGGAGGAUUGCGGCUACUCACUUGAAGAGCUCCGGGAAGAUGUGCGCCUCUUGGGGUAUUCCUUUGAAGCGCGGGUCCUGCCUCGUGGACGCUAUGUGCAGCAUUUGGGUGUGGCCCGGUUGCCACUCAAGGCUCUGACGGCCAUAGAUGACAAUCAAUUCUGCCACAUGGUGGGCAGCCGCAAGGAGGAGUAUUUGGCAUUCAUGUUUGACUUGCGGAGGGCCUCCCGGAGAAAAGGGGGUGCUGAAACUGCUGCUGUCAGACUCUGCCAUGCCCCGUUCUGGGCCGACUGGACUUGUAACCCACUUAUGAGCCCCUUAAGUGCCCUAAGAUGGUUAUAA